GUGCUCAGACUGAGAAAUUUGAGUGCGAGUAAGCAUGAUAUCUGCGCGCUCCCAGUGGCCGCCCUCAACGACACGCGAAUGCCCUCACCUGAGCAGGCCGAGCUUCUGGCUACUCCAUGUCUUCCUUGCCGUGAAAAUCAUUUGAAAUGUAGCGAGCUUGUCCCCAUGUCCUUCUAGGCUGUAGCGAGAGACAAGGUUAAUGUGUUGCUGGCCAAGAACUUUUCGCAAGAACCAACGAUGGGUCAAAGCUCCAACUCGUCUAACGUACGUCGAUGAGACCCGUCAUCUCGUCUUCGGCGAUUCCCCAGAUGAAGGCUCACCUCGCCCCCACGAGACUCUUGCCUCUCCCGACUAUGAUGGAGAGAAUGCGUCGGAAAGCAGUGUCUCGCAUGCCCAAAAAGCCGCGCCUAGUCGAGUUGCAACGGCUCUAACUCCCAUCGAAGGGCACGAUGGCCGUUACUCACCAAGUAACCGCAUCAUCUUCCCCAGAUCAGACUACCUAAUUCCCGAAGGCUCCCCCAUGGUUCACCAGAGGACCCCAAGCUCCUCAUCCCAACCACAGAACUCACAUAUAGUAAGCACUCGGACUCCGACCUCAGCAGGCUUCUCUCACCUAGUGCCUGACUCUUCAUCCGCUCUGCCGCUGGAGAGCGAGACCGAAGCCCGUCUUUUUCGUCACUAUAUACAGAGGCUGGCCACAUGUCUCGAUCUCUGCGAUCCCUUGAGACACUUCGAACUGGUCGUCCCACAACGCGCCGGCAGCUGUCGUACCCUCCUCAAUGCCAUGUUUGCCCUUGCUGCGCGGCAUCUCAGUCAAACCAGCGACUAUGACCCGCUCGCCUCCAAUCGAUAUCACGACGAAUGUUUGAGCUCUCUGAUCCCCAUGCUCAACCACGAAUCGACAGUACUCGACGAAAACCUGUUUGCUGCCACCAUCAUACUGCGCAUGCUGGAAGAAAUGGAUGCACCCACCAUGGGCCAAAGCUACGGCCACCUCCUCGGCAUCCACGCUUUUGUCAAUGUCGGAGAUCAGCAUAUGGUCCCGGGAACGCUGGCAUCUGCCUCGUACUGGGUGGGGUUGCGGCAAGAAAUAUAUAGCGCCGUCAGCACGCAGGCACCAGUCAAGAUGAACCUGGAUCACUUCAUUGUGGACCGGUCGUUCGAUGCCGCCGACGACUACAUUUGGUCCAACCGCGCUGUAGUCAACCUCGCCGAUGUGAUCAACUACUGUUUUUCCCAUGUUCCACCCUCAAGCGCCCAAUGGGCAUCCCUGAACGAAAAGUGUACCAGUUGGCACGACUCUCGCCCCCCGUCCUUUGAUCCUUUCUACUCCAAGAAACGCGUGGCCCCACAGGCCUUCCCCGAGAUAUGGCAUCACUCGAGUUGCCACGUUAUCGGGAUUCAGCACCAUAUUCUGGCCCAGCUCUUCCUCGCCCAGUUUGACCCCAACGUGCCACGGGUCGGCACGAAAAGGGGGGCUGCCAUCAAGCGCAUGACUCAACACAUCGAGCAUCUCAUGCGACAACUAUGUGGCAUUGGGGCAUCGAAUCAGUGGACACCCCCUGCCCUGUUUACGGCGUCGAUGGGCAUCUCCAUGUUUGGCGACCAGUUCGAGGAAAGAGCAGACCAGGAGGCCAUGAUUGACAUUCUGAGGAAAACCGAGGAGAAUCACGCCCGCCCCACGGAAGCCGUACAGCAACAGCUCAUGAGGGCAUGGGGGUGGAUACCAGACUAUGACGAUAACCCCCAUAUGUAGUCUAAUACCCCGUACGGAAUUGAAAAUCAUCCAGACUCCGCAGUCUCUGACUCGAGACGAUGGAUUUAGGUAGCAGGGGGCCCAGACAUUCGGCGCGGUUGGCUUCUAGCUUCCUUCUCCAGCGGCCCGCACACCGCGUCUGUCAUCCAAUGGUGCGAGUCAGAUUCUCAAAUCAAAGCAAGUCGAAGCAAGUGUGACGAAUGUCACAUUUUGGUCUCGGCUUCAUCCCCGGAUAGAUGGAGAAAUACCAACGUGGGCAGGCCGUUCCAACACGGCGACACUAGUCGUUAUUUUCUUCCUCGGCGAAACGGCGUUCUGGCUCCACAAGGGGAA